AUAUAUACCGGUAUUUGUCAUUAAGCAGAGGUGGCGGGUCAUCACGCCAUUUUGAACAGGCGCUGCGGGGACAGCUGUCGGCAGGGGUCCUUUCCAUCGUCAACACCGGAACUACACGUGAACAGAAGAGGGGUCAGAGGUCAGGAUGGGUCGCUCCUCAAAAGACAAGAGGGACAUUUACUACCGUCUGGCCAAAGAGGAGGGCUGGAGAGCGAGGAGCGCCUUCAAGCUGCUGCAGCUCGAUCAGGAGUUCAACCUGUUCUCAGGUGUGAACAGAGCAGUUGAUCUGUGUGCAGCUCCUGGCAGCUGGAGUCAGGUCCUCAGUCGGAAACUCAGAGGGCAGGAGGAGAAGGCUGAGAAGGCUGAGGGGGGUGAGGAGGUGAAGAUCGUGGCGGUGGACCUGCAGGCCAUGGCUCCUCUGCCGGGAGUCACUCAGAUCCAGGGAGACAUCACCAAGGUGUCGACAGCUCAGGAAAUCAUCCGUCACUUUGAGGGUCAGCCGGCCGACCUGGUGGUGUGUGACGGAGCUCCAGAUGUAACCGGGCUCCAUGACGUGGACGAGUACAUCCAGGCUCAGCUUCUAUUGGCUGCUCUGAACAUCACGACUCACGUCCUCAAACCUGGAGGGACGUUUGUGGCCAAGAUCUUCAGAGGUAAAGAUGUGACCCUGCUGUACUCUCAGCUGAAGAUCUUCUUCAGUGGUGUGACCUGCGCCAAGCCUCGCAGCAGCAGGAACUCCAGCAUCGAGGCCUUCGUGGUGUGUCAGAAUUACUCUCCUCCUGAAGGUUACGUCCCCAACAUGUCCAACCCUCUGCUGGAUCAUUCCUACGAUGUGGACUUUAACCAGUUAGAGGGUCCGAACCGCGUCAUCGUCCCCUUUCUGGCGUGUGGUGACCUCAGCGCCUUCGACUCAGACAGGACCUACCCUCUGCAGCUGGACGCUGGUAAACAGUACCAGUACACGCCCCCCACGCAGCCGCCCAUACGCCCCCCCUACCAGCAGGCCUGCCACCUCCGCAAAAACAACCUGCUGUCCAGAGAGGACGCUCUGUCCAACCGUCCCAACCAGAGUCAAGACGAGACGGAUCCACCGGCCGAGUCCACCUGAUCUGUCUGACUGCUGCUGAUUGGUGGAAAAGGAAAAGAGUUAUCAUUGAAAGGAACAGAGCAGCAGUUUCUUUUCUGUCGAUAAGAAGAUGGAAAUAAGUUUAGUUUCUGUGUGUACAGAGCAGAGGUAAGACUUGUCUCUGGUCUUGGUGCUAAACUAGACUGAACAUGCUCUGGACGACCGCUGCACUGGAUGUUUUCCAAUAAGAGGAGUGUGUUUUCAGUUUUUCCUAAUUUUAAGGGGAAUAUUUUGUGUCAGAUUCUUCAUCCAUCAGGCUGAGGAACUGCAAACAUUUUUAUAUUUUAAAAAUAAAAGUCAUUUCUUGGAGGCAAACGAACAUCGUGGUUGACAGGAAUUGUUUUAUAAAAGUGAUUGAACUCUCAAUUUUGUCUUUUUCUGUAAACAGUGUCCAGUUUUAUUUAAAUAAUAAAAAACAGAUGAAACCACA